GUUUAGUCUUGUGUCUUGCUCCAUAUCAACGCAGCUCAAUGCGCCAGCUGAUGGGACUGUGAUCAGCGUUCAGUCUAGGCUUCAACUAUUACACACAGUCCUUCUUGUAUAGCGUUUUUUGAUAUGUCUCUGUUCGGUUCAUCUCCUACGGAAACGGCUCCCCUGAACUCCAAGUCUCUCUUCGGCGAUGAGCCCGCACAGCCGACGCUCACAUCGUCGUUGUUCGCUGAUGAUGGUGGUGGUGGUGGUGAAUCACCAUGGUCGAUGCCAACUCCUAAAAGGAAUGCGCGGCAGAAUCUUGUGAAACACCUACUCCCUGCCACCGAUGUCCCCGACACCUACGUCGAUGCCUACGACGCUGUAUUGCAUGCCAGUGAACGCACCGGCGUUGGUAUAAGCCUGACCGCAAUCAAAAGUAUCGUACAAAGCAGCAAUCUGAGCGAGCAGGAACAGCACAAGAUUCUCAACUUUGUAAUCCCGGGUGGGCAGGAAAGCGCAAAUGGAGUCGGCAGGAGCGAGUUCAACGUCCUACUUGCCCUGAUUGGACUCGGCCAGGAGGGCGAAGAUAUUACCCUCGACGGUGUCGAUGAGCGGAGGCGGAAAUUGCCAGAGCCCAAAGUGGGCUACAUAGAACAACUCCGGGCCGAUAGUCGUCCGCAGCCCAGUUCUCUCCCAGCCUCGAAGCCGACCCCAGUACGACAGCAGAAGCCUCGACAAGAAUCCUUCGGCAACGACCCUACCGCAGACCCUUGGGCUAGUCCCUCAAAUCGCAGAGGACCCCCUGCUUCUACUGCUGCUCAAACGAUGGCGGCUAAUGGCGUGCCGGAGAGUGUCAAAGGCGCUUCGAAUGGCCUUGAAAGGACUACAAGUGCAUUUACUACACAAGGUGAACAGUCAGGCAGCAAUGGUGGGUCUCCGAAUGAUACUGCAGCCCCCAGUGCUGGCGCAGGCUGGAACAAUUACAAUGGCAGUUCAGCAGGCUUCUCCGAGCAGCCGGUUCUUGGUGGCGGUUUUGGAGAUGAGGGAGAUGAUCAAUCGAAUGGACCUGGCCAUCGGCAUCGGCCUUCUGCGUCCCAGAGCAUUGUCCUUCCCUCUGGUACAGGAGAGAGCGUGACGAUCUCUAUGCUGCCAGAGAAGGAGGGAAUGUUUCUCUUUCAGCAUCGCAACUACGAGGUUACAACAACACGGAGAGGAGCCACAGUCGUCAGGCGUUACAGCGACUUCGUUUGGCUCCUCGAUUGUCUGCAGAAGCGAUAUCCUUUUCGACGACUACCUUUGCUGCCACCAAAACGAGUUCAAGGUGAGAUUUCCCACCUGACCACGUUUCCCAAGCUGAUCCAACUUACAGUGAAUGGUACACAUCUUUCAGCUGAUGCAGCUGUUUUCCUGGAGAAACGGAGAAGGGGCCUGGUUAGAUUCACAAAUGCGCUUGUCGAGCACCCUAUCUUGAGCCAAGAAACGCUCGUGGUCAUGUUUUUGACCGUUCCUACAGAACUUGCGGUCUGGCGGAAGCAAGCAACAAUAUCAGUGCAAGAAGAAUUUACAGGGAAAAUUCUUCCUCCGACGCUUGAAGACAGCCUGCCAGACAGUCUCCCUCAAUUGUUCGAAGAGGUCCGUAUGGGCGUCAAACGUUCGGCCGAGGUCUACAUCAAUAUAUGUAUUUUACUGGAACGGAUGGUGAAGCGCAACGAAGGACUUGCUGCUGAAAAUGCCAAGUUCAGUACGGCACUUUCUCAUCUUACAGAAGCUACAGCACCUACUUAUGCUAUCGAUACCAACGACAUACCACUUUUGAACGAAGGAAUCAGUUCGACUUCGAAACACCUUUCGACACAUUCGACGCUACUUGAUGAUGAGGCCAAAGCAUGGGAUAUGGGAGUACUCGAAGACAUGAAAGCGAUUCGCGACAGUUACGUCUCGAUGCGCGACAUGUUCGACCGCCGAGAUAGAUAUGCUCGAGACAACAUCCCGCAACUCGAAAGACGCAUCGAAGCGUCAGAGCACAAAUUACAGCAACUGCGACAGAAACCCCAGGGCCAAGUCAAACCUGGCGAGAUGGAGAAAGUCGAGAGCAGCAUCAUGUCGGACAAGGAGAGCAUUGUACAACAACAUGCUCGGGGAGUUUUCAUCAAGGAAUGUGUCAGGGACGAAAUUGUCACCUUCCAAACCUCCAUUUAUGCCAUCAGCCGUCUGCAUCAAGACUGGAGUCAAGAGCGGGUCAAGUAUGCAGAAUUGCAGGCGAGCAACUGGAGGAGUCUAGUUGAUCAACUUGAAAGUAUGCCUCUACCAGAAUGACUUUCGUUGUAAGCAAGCGCUUUGUACUUAUUGGUUUGUGGUGGUGAGGUUUUAUAUUGCUACUGAAGAUAUCAUAUUGAGACAGGCAGUUAUUGGCGAAUGGUGCAAACAAUACAUAAUAUGCAUGUUCUUCAAAACCCUGUUGCGUGAAGUGUGUUGGUAGACAUGUCAAUAGAGGACCCUGGAGGCAAUGUUUGAUGUUGCCUAUAGGUGUUGUAGUCUGUGCUUAAAAAAUCGAUAUUGG